UCCGGGAACAGCACCCAUUCCCCAGGAGCCUCUUCAACCUGGCAGAAGUUCAUCUGUCCUGUUGGAGACGGCUGCCACAUCCCCAGUGUGGCUCUACAUGUGAGGGCCUGGCCACAGGGGGAUGAAGUUGCCACACGGGUGCAGGGGGAUUGAGUCCCCUGUCCUCCAGCACAUUCUAAGGGAUUCAGAUAGGCUGGCUGGGUUCUAGCCAGGCACCAGGAUGCAGGAGGAAGGUGGUGUGUUGGCUCCAGGCUGUCACCACAGUACUUGGGAGACUGAGGCAGGAGGAUGGACAUGAGUUAGACGUCAGCCUGGGAUGCAAAGUGAGACCCUGCUUCAAAAAUCAAACGAAACAAAGAAAAACCAUACUAUGGACAUAUGGGGAUUUCCUCCUGGAGUGUUAGUGUGUCUCACCACAGAGAAGCUUCUAGAAGCAUUGCCUAACCCAAGAGUGGGAGGGCAGAUAUUUGAAAAUGAAAUCAUUAUUUCCCUGGUGAACUCCUAUGCCUGCUCCAGGGCCUCAGUGGCCAUACCCCUCCCACUGGACCUGGUUUCACCAGCGUCCUCCUUAUAUCUGGGACACACAGCCUCCCAGGCCAGGCCAGGGGAACCUGCCAGGCACAGUGACAUGCAGCUUGAGUCCCUGAACUCUAGAGGCUGAGGCAGGAGGAUCCAGAGUUCCAGGCCAGCUUUCCGUGUUAGGUAAACUGAGGCUCUGAACUAAGUGGGUCCUCCCAGAGGGGCCAGGAUAGUCUGGUCCUAUGGUCAGCUGUCCCUGUCUAGUCUGUUGUUGGGCCUCCUGGCUCCAGCUGUCGCCUGCAGCCCAAUAGCUCAUGAACUAUGAAUGAGCACACCAGCUCCGAUGACAGCUGAGGAUUCUGCACACCCCUCUGUGCCACACGGCCCCACCCGAUGCAAAGUGACCUGGGUUUUCUACCUCCUACAGAUGGAGAAACUGAGGGACAGAGCCGAGUGACUCAGAGCCAGACAGAUCCUGGACAGAGGCCAGCAGGGGUCUCCUCAGAGGCCACCAGGAUGUCAUAUUUUGGGGAACAUUUUUGGGGUGACAAAAACCAUGGCUUUGAGGUUCUCUACCAUUGUGUGAAGCAGGGUCCUGUGGCCACCAAGGAGCUGGCUGACUUCAUUAGGGAAAGGGCCAGCAUCGAAGAGACAUACUCGAAGGCCAUGGCCAAGCUGUCCAAGAUGGCCAGCAAUGGGACCCCCAUGGGCAAGGACAGCUAUGCUCCGGGGUGUCAGAUGCACUGGACUCUGCCUGUCCCCAGGACCUUCGCCCCGCUCUGGGAGGUCUUCCGUGUGUCCUCGGACAAGCUGGCACUGUGCCACCUGGAGCUGACUCGGAAGCUGCACGACCUCCUCAAGGAGGUGCUGCGCUAUGGCGAGGAACAGCUCAAGGCCCACAAGAAGUGCAAGGAGGAAGUUCUGGGCACUGUGGAUGCGGUGCAGGUGUUGGCCAGCGUGGGUCAGCUUCUGCCAAAAUCUCGAGAGAAUUACCUGAGCCGCUGCAUGGACCUGGAGCGGCUGCGCAGAGAGAACACCAGCCAGAAGGAGAUGGACAAGGCAGAAACCAAAAGCAAGAAGGCAGCUGAUAGCCUGCGGCGCUCUGUGGAUAAGUACAACUCCGCCAGGGCCGACUUUGAGACCAAGAUGCUAGACUCGGCCCUGCGAUUUCAGGCCAUGGAGGAGUCGCACCUGCAGCACAUGAAGGCCUUGCUGGGUUCCUAUGCUCACUCAGUGGAGGACACCCAUGUGCAGAUCGGGCAGGUGCAUGAGGAAUUUAAGCAGAAUGUGGAAAAUGUGACUGUGGACAUGCUCCUCAGGAAGUUUGCAGAGAGCAAGGGCACCGGCUGCGAAAAGCCUGGGCCUCUGGACUUUGAUGCCUACAGCACAGCUGCCCUGCAGGAAGCAAUGAAGCGUCUCCGAGGAGCCAAGGCCUUCCGUCUUCCAGGACUGAGCCGGCGGGAGCCCCGUGCAGCUGUGGACUUUCUGGAGUCUGAUUCAGGGGUGCCUCCAGAGGUGGAUGAAGAAGGCUUCACUGUGCGUCCUGACGUGUCCCAUAAUAGCAUGGCCGAGCCCCCUCGAUUCUCCUCUAGUGACUCUGAUUUUGAUGAUGAAGAGCCUAGAAAGUUCUACGUUCACAUCAAGCCUGCCCCCACCCGCACUGUGACAUGCAGCUCAGAGGCUGCAGCUGCCCAGCUCAGAGCCACAGCUGGCAGCCUCAUCCUCCCCCCAGGCCCAGGGGGCACCAUGAAACGUCACUCAUCGAGGGACACUUCUGGGAAGCCACAGAGACCUCGGUCGGCCCCACGGACCGGCAGCUGUGCUGAGAAGCCGCUAGCCUCGGAGGAGCUGCUGUCCAAGAACCUCUUCGGGCCACCACUGGAGUCCGCCUUUGAUCACGAGGACUUCACGGGUAGAGGGGGCUCCAGCAGCCUGGGUUUCACAUCCAGCCCAUCCCCUUUCUCUUCUUCGUCCCCGGAGAAUGUGGAGGACUCGGGCCUGGACUCUCCAUCACAUGCUGCCCCCGGCCCGUCCCCUGAGUCCUGGGUCCCCCGGCCAGGCACUCCGCAGAGCCCACCCGCCUGCAGGACACAACACCCUGAAGCCAGGGGCCCAACGCCCCGUGCACCCUCGCCAGGCCCCUGGGGGCCAGAGGCAGGCGCAGACUCCACCACCAGGGAGGGCCUGGCUGCGCCACCCAGGAGACCUCGAUCCAGGAAAGUGUCCUGCCCACUCACCAGGAGCAAUGGUGACCUGGGUCGGUCCCUCAGCCCCUCCCCACUGGGAUUGUCUGCCCCCAGCAUCACCUCAGAUCGGCCCAGCUUCUCCACCCAGAUGGGACAUGGCAUCUCCCGUGGUCCCAGCCCUGUGGUCCUAGGAUCCCAGGACACCCUGCCUGUGGCCACAGCCUUCACUGAGUAUGUCCAUGCCUAUUUCCGAGGUCACAGCCCCAGCUGCCUGGCUCGAGUCACUGGGGAGUUGACCAUGACCUUCCCUGCCGGCAUUGUGCGAGUCUUCAGUGGGACCCCGCCCCCACCAGUCCUCAGCUUCCGGCUCGUGCACACGGCCCCAGUAGAACACUUUCAGCCGAACACCGACUUAAUCUUCAGUGAUCCCUCCCAGAGUGACCCGGAGACCAAAGACUUCUGGCUGAACAUGUCGGCGCUGACAGAAGCCCUGCAGCACCAGGCGGAGCAGAACCCCACGGCCUCCUACUACAAUCUGGUGCUGCUGCGCUACCAGUUCUCCCGCCCUGGGCCCGAGUCGGUGCCGCUGCAAAUGAGCGCUCACUGGCAGUGCGGGCCCACGCUCACACGGGUCACAGUGGAGUACAGUUACCGGGCGGGCGCCACCGCAGUGUCCACACCGCUCACUAAUGUGCAAAUCCUGCUGCCCGUGGGAGAACCGGUGACCAGCGUGCGUCUGCAGCCUGCAGCCAGCUGGAACACGGAGGAAAAGAGGUUCACGUGGAAGCUUCCAGAUGUGUGUGAGGCAGGGGGCUCGGGCCGCCUGUCCGCCAGCUGGCAGCCGCAGACCGGGCCCAGCACCCCCAGCCCCGUGGCCGCACAGUUCACCAGCGAGGGCGCCACGCUGUCCGGCCUGGACCUGGAGCUACUGGGCGGCGGCUACCGCAUGUCCCUGGUGAAGCGGAGAUUCGCCACAGGGAUGUAUCUCGCCAGCUGCUGAGGUGCGGUGCUCCCAGCCCUCCUGCCCGCCCGAGGCUUCCCCAGCUCCCAGGCUGGACUCCGUGGAAGGAGCCUCCAUCCAGGCCUGGCUGAGCCAAGCCUCCUCCCUACUCCCUCCUCCCUCCACCCCCCCUCCUCCCUCUUCCCUCCCAAGCAGGCCCGGCCCUUUUAGUAUUCUUUAAAUAAACACUUUUCUAACAAAAUAAAAAGCAA